GCGUCGUCUGCAGUCAGUCGGCAUCAUGAGCUCUGAGGAGGCUGACACCAUUGAGUUGGAUUCUUCAUCACACAUCCAGGUGGGCGCAGGCCUGGACGCCGGUGAUGACGGUCAUUUGUCUCCUACCACGCACUCCAACAGUGUGUAUGAGACCAGGUAUCAAAAGUCACUUCGGCAUUACCUGACCCGAGAAGCCUUACCAAAGGAGUCCCAUUACAGAAACCUCAAUUCCAUUGUUGACGGAUCUGGAGUUAGACCGACAUUGGAUGAUCUCCACAACAACACCCUCAGAGAAGAACAGCGACGUACUGGUGCAGACCCUGAAGCCGCAGCAGCUAAUGUUCGAGGAAAAGUAAUCAAGUUCGGAUGGCUGGAAGGCGUAUAUAUGCGAUGUCUCCUCAACAUCUGGGGUGUGAUGCUCUUCUUGAGAGUGUCCUGGAUGGUUGGGCAAGCUGGCGUUGUAUCUGCCAUUGCCAUUGUUAUUAUGGCAAACUUGGUCACCAUAAUCACCACCCUCUCAAUGUCUGCAGUUGCCACUAAUGGUAGAAUACAAGCUGGUGGUGUGUAUUACAUGAUAUCCCGAUCACUUGGACCUGAAUUUGGUGGGUCUAUUGGGCUGAUGUUCACGGUUGCAAACGCAAUCGCUGCUGCAACUUACAUCAUUGGUUUUUGUAAUUCGUUGUUGGAUUUGAUGAAAUAUUACUUCAAUAAUGCACAAAUUUUUGACGGUGGAAUCAACGAUACUCGUCUCAUUGGCACCAUCACAUUGAUUGCUGUACUUGGUCUGGCUAUUGUUGGAAUGGAUUGGGUCACCAGGGUACAGAUGGGUCUACUUUUCUUACUGAUCGGAGCACAGGUCGACUUUGUUGUUGGGGUGUUUAUGGGCCCUCUCACUGAUGAAGCAGCGUCUCAGGGAUUUGUUGGCCUCAAUAGUGAACUUUUAACUCGUAAUACCGGACCUGAUUAUCGGCCGUUUGAAGGUAAAGAGCAAGGCUUCUUUACUAUAUUUGGUGUGUUCUUCCCUGCUGUCACAGGCAUCGUGGCUGGAGCAAACCUCUCAGGUGAUCUAAAGGAUCCAGCAAGUGCUAUUCCUAAAGGUACACUCGGUGCUAUAUUUACCACCUUGGUGACAUACAUCAUCUAUCCAAUAUUAAUUGGAGCAUCAAUGAUGCCUGAUGCUAGUGGGGACGUUGACUUAUAUCGGGCGAACAUGAACAUAACCGCCAACUUUUGGGAAAACCCUGUGUUUACCAAUGAGUCAUGCAGUAAGAUUGGCAAAACUGACAAUGGAGUAGAGCUCUGUGAGUUCGGCACUCAAAAUAGUUUCCAAGUUAUGGAACUGAUGUCUGCCUGGGGACCUCUCAUCUAUGCUGGAUGUUUUGCUGCAACCCUCUCCUCAGCCAUUGCUUCCCUGGUUGGUGCUCCAAGAGUCCUGCAAGCCUUGGCCAAAGACAAGCUCUAUCCUGGUAUUUAUGGAUUUUCAAAGGGAUCUGGUGCCAAUAAUGACCCAGUUCGAGGUUACAUUCUUGUUUUUGUCAUCUCCCUGGCCUGCAUCAUGAUAGGUGACUUGAAUGUUGUGUCAACUUUACUGAGUAACUUCUUCUUGGCAUCAUACAGUCUCAUCAACUUCUCCUGCUUCCAUGCAUCCCUUAUCAAAUCUCCUGGUUGGAGACCAGGAUUUAAGGUUGGUUGGUUGUUUUCUACUUUGAUAAUUUAAUAUACGUAUGUAGA